CCAUGCAUUAUAUUUUUCAAACAAAAGACUGAAUCUUGGGUAGAUGAUUGAUUGAGAGUCCAACCACCUCAUAUAAGGGCUGGCUGGAAAAGGGCCCCAAAAUACACGCUCUGCUCAUUCCCAGAAUGCAGAUUUUCAUGGCCAAGCUCCGCCAUUGCUUUUCUGCUUGGCUGGUGAUUUGCCUGCUUCUUGGUUUGCUCCAUGGCCAUGGCAUUCUCCAAGCUCAAGCUUCUCACCCAACCCACAGGCAGCUCCAGUCUCUGCAAUCUUCUCCUUCAGACCAGCCUUACAGAACUUCCUAUCACUUCCAGCCUCCCAAAAACUGGAUGAACGGGCCUAUGAUUUACAAGGGAAUUUACCAUUUGUUCUACCAGUACAACCCUUAUGGUGCAGUUUGGGGGCACAUAGUGUGGGCACAUUCGACUUCCACUGAUCUCAUCAACUGGACCAACCACAGCCAUGCCAUCUACCCGAGCCAGCCAUCCGAUGUAAACGGGUGCUGGUCAGGCUCUGCCACGAUGCUGCCGGGUGGGAAACCGGUGAUCCUCUACACCGGAAUCAACCAAAACAACCAGCAGGUCCAGAAUCUGGCCAUGCCCAAAAACCUCUCUGAUCCGUACCUCAUUGAAUGGGUCAAGUCACCCAUGAAUCCAUUAAUGGCACCUGAUGAUAUGAACAAAAUUGAAGCAGACUCAUUCAGGGACCCUACCACAGCCUGGCUAGGCCCUGACAGGAGAUGGAGAGUGAUCAUUGGAAGCAAGAGAAGGAACAGGGGAAUGGCAAUUCUGUACCGGAGCAAGGAUUUCGUCCGGUGGACUGAAGCUAAGCACCCUCUGCAUUCGACUGAGGGCACUGGAAUGUGGGAGUGUCCAGAUUUCUACCCGGUUUUGGCUAAUGGGGCAGAGGGUGCCGACACAUCUGCGAUCGGCCACGGGGUUAAACAUGUCCUCAAGGUCAGCUUCCAUGGCGAGGAUCACUACACCGUUGGAACAUAUGAUCUUGUCAAGGAUAUCUUUAUCCCGGAUGUGGGAUCCGAGGAGAAUGACUCCGGGUUGAAAUAUGAUUAUGGGAAGUACUACGCGUCGAAGACGUUUUUCGACAGUGCCAAGAAGAGGAGGGUUCUGUGGGGGUGGAUCAAUGAGGUGACUCAAGAAGCCAUUAAUGUCGAGAAAGGAUGGUCUGGCAUUCAGGGGAUUCCAAGGCGAAUUUGGCUGGACAGAUCUGGAAAACAGCUGCUGCAAUGGCCGGUGGAAGAGAUUGAGAAGCAAAGGAUGAAUCAAGUUGACUUGCCUGCCAGGCUGCUCGAGGGAGGUUCAGUGGUUGAAGUUUCCGGGGUCACGGCCACCCAGGCAGAUGUAGAAAUUGAAUUUGAGAUACCAAAGCUUGAGAAGGCAGAGUUGUUGGAUCCAAACUGGAGUGACCACCCACAGGCUCUUUGUAGCCAACAGGGUGCACCGGCGAGAGGUGGGCUUGGACCAUUUGGGCUGCUGAUUUUGGCUUCCAAGGACUUGCAAGAGCACACAUCAGUCUUCUUUAGAGUCUUUCAACACCAAGAGAAAAACAAAUUUAUUGUGCUCAUGUGUAGUGACCAAAACAGGUCAUCAUUGCAUCUAGAUUAUGAUAAGACCACGUUCGGUGCUUUUGUUGACAUUGACCCAACUCGUGAAAAGUUACAACUAAGAAGUUUGAUAGAUCGUUCCAUAGUGGAGAGCUUCGGGGGCGGGGGGAAGGCUUGCAUCAGUGCGAGGGUGUAUCCUAGUUUGGCCAUCGAUGGGGGGGCUCAUCUCUAUGCCUUCAACAAUGGGACUCAGAGUGUGACAGUGUCAAGGUUGACUGCAUGGAGCAUGAAGAAAGCUCAGAUCAAUUAGUACCAUGCAAUUGCCCAAUUGAUAAGGACAUGUACCCUACAGUGUCAAGCAGUUGUUGCCCUAUAUUACAUUUGGUGCAUCUAUCAAGUUACAGAUAUUAAUAAUGGAAGUUGAGAGAGUUAAGUCUGAGAGAGUCUCUCACUAUGCACACAGUCAUGUAUUCCUGUGUUCUGUAGACAUGAAUAGAAUAAUAAAAGUAGGGAACUU